AUGGCCCGCUCCAAAAACAAGAAGAAGCAGCCGGUGUGCGGCUGCUGCGGCAAAACUGGUCACCGAAUAGAGACCUGCACCUUGCCGGGAGCUGCUUUGAUUUGCAAGCUCCGUGCAGCUGCCAAGAAAACGGCUGGCAAAAGAUCCGGAGACAAGUUCAAAGAUGACCGCAGCCAUUGUCGCAGUUCUGGGUCUUACAAGAGAAAAGCUUCCAAGAAGUAUGUGCCUAUGAAGUCCGCAAAGGACUACAAGGAUCAUGCCAGACUGAAAGCUUCAGCCUUGUCGCAAGACACUAUAGAUGUGCCCGACUCUAUCAAAUGGCUCCUGAAAAUGGGCUUUCUCAGUCGUUCACGCAAGUGUGCGCACUGUGGAUACACCAGCCUGAAGGGUCCCUUGGUUCGCAAGAGAAAGAACAUGCAAGACUGGUGUCAUUGGCGGUGUAGCCGCAACAGCUGCAACCGCCGUGUAGCCCUGUACUAUAGCAGCGUCUGUGCAGGAUUGCAAAUGCAACCGCCUGCCUUGCGGAGCUUCUUGCUUUGGUAUUGUUCCAAGAGCCCCAUGAAGCCAGUCUUGGCCUCUGACGCAGUGCUUCGCUUCGGAAUUUCCUACAAGCAAGCUGACCACUGUCUCGCUGCACUGCGAAGACAGGAGGCUCUUGCUGGUGAAAGAGAACAAAGCAAACUGAAGUUGACCAGAGAAGUUGAAGUUGACGCUACUUCCCUGGGAAAGUUCUGGACGAAGUCCACCAACGUUCUUUUUGCUGAUCAAAUUCAGGACCUCUGCAAGAAACAUGAUGUCACACCCAAAGCUUUCCCAGUACACAUUCGACUGGUCGGUGCAUUGCAACGUGGCGGCCACAUGGUCGUGCGCUUCUUGCAACCCAAGGUCACUUUGCCCAAAGCUGUCCCCCCUGUUGAAGCCUACAGAGAGAUCGUGCGAAGCAACUUGACCAAGAUGAUUCAGGCAAAAUCUCCCACUGCUUUGUAUGCUGACGGGGCGCUCUCGUGGCAGAAAAUUGCCAAAGACUUGAAGGUGCCGAUAGUGCAAGUCAGCCAUCAGAGAAAAGUUUUUGCUAAGCAGGUGUCGGCUCCACGCCGUGGACUUUCCACCACUGCGGGCACAUAG